GUCUGCCUGCCAGCUGAUGCUGACCGGAGGAGAAGCGGUUUUUGUCUCUCCUCGUCAUCCCGGGGAAAACCUGGACGGGCCGACGGACGGAGGUUUUGGAUUCUGGCAGCGGCUACUACCUGGCGAGGACGGCGGGUGGAAACUGCGAAAUUAAAGGCAACCGACCCCCCAAACGGAGGGAGAGAGAGAGAGAGAGAGAGAGAGAGAGCGGUCGGAGACCAGGACCGUGCACAGUAACGCAGAGAGAAACGCGACAACUUCCAGCGGCUCGUGCACUCGGGGCGGUCCGCGGGGGGGCUCCGGGGCUGGUCGGCACCAGACAGAUUCGGAGAACUUGAGAACAUCAGACGACCUGCGUUUACAGGCGGCUGUAGAUCUCUCUGCCUCUGCACUUGGUCGGAGAUGGAUUUCCCUGACGACUUCCUGCUGGCCGAGCUGGGCCACCUGCCGCUCUACAAUGAUUCCCUCUUCCAGAACAACUUCACCGGUGCCUACAAUGACACAGACGCCCUGCUGCCGACAGGGGUGAAGGUCACCAUCGUGGUCGUCUACAUGAUCGUCUGCUUCGUGGGCCUGGUGGGAAACUUCCUGGUCAUGUAUGUCAUCAUAAGGUACACUAAGAUGAAAACGGCCACUAACAUCUACAUCUUUAACCUGGCUCUGGCUGACUCUCUGUUCCUGGCUACUUUACCUUUCCAGGGCACUGACGUGUUCCUGGGCUUCUGGCCCUUCGGGAACGCUCUGUGCAAGGCGGUGGUGUCGAUCGACUACUACAACAUGUUCACCAGCACCUUCACCCUGACGGUGAUGAGUAUGGACAGGUACGUGGCCGUCUGUCACCCUGUCAAGGCCCUGGACAUGAGGACACCUCACAAGGCCAAGGUGGUGAACAUCUGUGUGUGGGUGUUGGCCUCGGCCUUUGGCGUUCCGGCCAUGGUCUUGGGAGAUGUAGAGGAAGAACAAGAGCAUAACAGCAUUGAGUGCAUCGUGGUUUUACCUGAACCAAGGAGUCACUGGGAUCCUGUAUUUGGCACCUGUGUCUUCCUCUUCUCCUUCCUUAUUCCUGUGGCUAUUAUCAGCAUCUGCUACAGCUUGAUGGUCAAGCGUCUGCGCAGUGUCCGCAUCCUGUCCGGCUCCAAGGAAAAGGACCGAAACCUACGGCGUAUCACCAGGAUGGUCCUUGUGGUGGUGGCAGCAUUCGUUGUCUGUUGGACGCCAAUCCAGAUCAUGGUCCUGGCUCAGUCGUUGGGCUUCAACCUGAGUAGCUUGUUCACACUGGUCCUGAUGCACUUCUGCAUCGCACUGGGCUACGUCAACAGCAGCUUGAAUCCUGUGCUCUAUGCCUUCCUGGAUGAGAACUUCAAGCGCUGUUUCCGUGAGUUCUGCCACCCAUCACCAUUUCGCCUUGACACUCAGCAGUCAGGGAGGAUGAGGAGCAUUGCCAGGGAGGUGGCAGCAGCCUACAGCUGCAAGGCCGGAGAUAGCAGGGGACCUGGCGGAGGGACACCUAAUCCAGCAUGACUAGGCGUGGAGCUCCCCUUGGUGGGGGUAGACCCCCCACAGAGGAGAGAGAUCCAGGGGACAGGGAACUCCAACACAGAAUUAACUCA